GUUUGUUUUUUUUUUUUUUUUUAGAUACACAAAAAAAUAGUUUUAAAUAAAAAAUAAAUAAAUAAAUAAAUUUGAAAAUAUUUUUAAAAUAAUGGUAAAUUCAAAAUUAUAUAGAUUUAAUAAUAUUUUAAAAAAUUUUAAAAAAAAAAAUUUAAAUGGCUUAGUAAAUAAUAAUAAUAAUAAUAAAAAUUUUUUUUGGAGAAAUUUUUGUAAUAUAAUAGAUGAUAAAGAUAAUGAUGGGUUCAAUUUAGAUGGUUUUGUAAACAAAAUUAAAAGUGAAAUAGACCAGAACGAUAGAAUGAUAAAAAUGAUCAAAAUAUUGUUAUGGAAGCAGAAUUAGUUGAAAGAGAAGAGAAAAAAGAAUCAAAAUUAGCAACUGGGGGACCAAAGCAAGAAAAUGGAAAAAAAGGUAAAAAGGGGGGGAGACCAAAAGGGACAAAGAAAAAAACCAAAAUCAACAUCCACAACCGGCAAACAAAGGAAUACAAAAUCCUCAACCUUAAAGGAACCGGUUUCAUCAAAUAAACCAGACCCAAGUAAAUUAAUUCCAAAAAAACCAAUUCACAUACAACUGUUAACUCUUAAUCAAAGAUUACCCAUUUAUUGAACCAUAUAUUAAAGAAAUUAUUCAAAUGCAAAAUAAAACAAAUGACAAUAAUAACAAUACUUUAAAUAAUAAUGGUAUAUCAUUUUCAUCAUCUGAUUUAGAAACUUUUGCUCAACUUAUAAAAAGAUCCCAACAAAAUCCAACACCAAGCGAACCAAAAAUUAAAACCACUUUAACAGAAGAAGAAAUUUUAGGUGAAGAUAAUUUAAAUCCAAACCAAAUUUUAAAUAAAUUAGAUGAAUAUAUUAUUGGUCAAGCCAAUGCCAAAAAAUCAGUAUCCUCUGCACUUCGUCUUCGUUGGAGAAGAAAGCGUGUAGACCCAUCAAUCAGAGCUGAUGUCUCACCAAAAAAUAUUUUAAUGAUAGGUCCAACUGGUGUAGGUAAAACUGAAAUUGCAAGACGUUUAGCAGCAAUUGUUAAUGCACCAUUUAUUAAAGUUGAAGCAACCAAAUAUACUGAAGUUGGAUAUCAUGGUCCAGAUGUAGAUACAAUUAUUAAAGAUCUUAUUGAUGUUGCAAUUUCAAAUAUUAAAUCUAAAAUUGCUGAAUCCCAUAAAGCAAACAUUGAAGCAGAUGUUGAAAAAGAAAUUAUUACAAAUAUUCUCGGUCCAAAUGGUUCAAAUGGUUCAAUUGAAGAGUUAACAAAACUUUAUAGAAAUAAAUCAAUAGAAACUAUUAUGGUUGAGAUCGAUGUACCAAACAGUUUUGAUAAACAACACUCAUCAUCAAUUCAAUUAGAUGAUGAGAGUCCAUUUAUCCGUUUGUUGGUACCAGGUGCAGCUAGUGAAAAGAAUUCAAAGAAAAGAAAAGUUACAGUCUCUGAAGCAAGAGCCAUUCUCGAAAAAACCUAUCGUGAAAAAUAUACCGUAUCUCAAGAUGUUACUAAAUUAGCAAUUCAAUCAGUCGAACAAAAUGGUAUUGUUUUCUUGGAUGAAAUCGAUAAGAUUUGUACUCCCCGUGAGAACUAUAAGAAUGGUGGUGAUGCAAGCAGUGAUGGUGUUCAAAGAGAUUUACUCCCAAUCAUCGAAGGUUGCAAUGUAAGCACUAAAUAUGGUAUGGUAGAUACUUCAAAAAUUUUAUUUAUUGCCUCAGGUGCUUUCCAUAAUAGUAAACCAUCAGAUCUUAUUAGCGAACUUCAAGGUCGUCUUCCAAUCAGAGUCGAACUCAAACCAUUAGAAGAAGAGGACUUUUACAGAAUUUUAACAGAACCAAGAAAUAAUCAAAUUAAACAACAACAAGCUCUUAUGAAAACUGAAAAUAUCGAUUUACAAUUCACUGAAGAAGCUCUUAGAGAAGUUGCUAAAAUCACUUUUGAAUCCAAUGCUCAAAUUCAAAAUUUAGGUGCUCGUCGUUUACACGGUAUUAUUGAACGUAUCAUUGAGGAUAUCAGCUUUAACUGUCAUCUCUAUAAAGAUCAAACUGUCACAAUUGGUGUAGAAGAUGUUAGAAAAAAACUUUCAGAUUUAUUAUUAAAAACAGAUUUAUCAAAAUAUAUUAUUUAAAAUACUAUUAACAAUAGUAAUAAUAAUUAAAU